AUGGUCGCCCCGCAGGAAUUUCUCAAGUUCAUCGAUGACAACGCGACCAAGUUCAUUAGCCGGCUCGGUGAGGCUGUCGCAAUUCCCAGUGUGAGCGGCGAUGGAGCACGUCGCCCCGACGUCUUCAAAAUGUCUGCCUGGCUCGACGGCCAGCUGAAGCAGCUCGGCGUCACCACCAAGCUCGUCGAUCUCGGCAAACACGUUAUGGACGGCCAGGAACUGCCCCUGCCCCCGGCGAUCCUCGGUCGGAUCGGCGAGGAUCCCGCGAAGAAGACGGUGCUCAUCUACGGCCACUACGACGUGCAGCCGGCGGAGAAAAGUGAUGGGUGGAACACGGAGCCUUUUACGAUGGUCUUCAACGAGAAGACGGGAGAGAUGCUCGGACGCGGCUCCACAGACGACAAGGGCCCCAUUCUUGGCUGGCUCAACGUUCUCGAGGCGCACAAGACACUCGGGCUCGCCCUCCCAGUCAAUCUCCGGUUCUGCUUCGAAGGCAUGGAGGAAAGCGGUAGUGAGGGUCUCGACGACCUCAUUAAGUCCGAGACUGCCAAGGGAAACGAUGGGUUCUUCGGCGGUGUCGACUGUGUCUGCAUUUCCGACAACUACUGGCUCAAUACGCGUACCCCCUGCAUCACCUACGGUCUUCGCGGUCUGGUGUACUUCAAGAUGACAGUCUCUGGCCCUGCACGCGACCUCCACUCCGGUGUAUUCGGUCGAAUGGUGCACGAACCUAUGACCGAUCUUGUCACGCUUCUGAGUAAGCUGGUUGCGCCCGAUGGCACCAUCCUGGUUCCUGGCGUCGAGGACAUGGUGCCCCCGGCAGACUUUGACGAAAAAGAGAUCUACGACAAGCUUGACUACUCGAUUCAGGACGUCGAAGACGCCGUUGGCGCCCCCAUAACUCUCUCCAACGAUAAGACGACAGUUCUCAUGGGCCGCAUGCGCAUGCCUUCGCUUUCCCUCCACGGUAUUGAAGGGGCCUUCUAUUCCCCUGGCGCGAAGACUGUCAUUCCCGCAUGCGUGUCUGGGAAGUUCUCUAUUCGGAUCGUCCCCCCAAUGACGCCGAAGGCCGUCGAAGACUGUGUGCUGCCAUUCGUGAAGGCUGAGUUCGCAAAGCUGAACUCCAAGAACAAGCUCACCAUCGAGAACCUCCACGACGGCCGACCGUGGGUUGCCGAUCACAAGCACUGGAGCUACGAGGCCGCGCGCCGCGCGACCGAGGCCGUAUACCAACGUUCGCCCGACCUUACGCGCGAGGGUGGGUCGAUUCCCGUUACGCUCACGUUCGCGGAGACCUUGAAUGUCAACGUGCUCCUGCUGCCCAUGGGCCGUGGUGAUGAUGGCGCGCACUCGACGAACGAGAAACUCGACCGCUCGAACUUCAUCGAAGGGAGCAAGCUUCUCGGCACGUACUUGUACGAGGUCGGCGCCGCCACUGUCUGA